AUGAAGUCAGGCGGCCUUCCCAAGUCAUAUUCAGAUGUUAGUAUGAGGUCAGGCAGUGUGCCUAGUGUUGGCUCUCGUUCUAGCUUGAGAGUUGGACAAACUCAAAGGCAGGGAGUCAACUCUGACUAUGCGCCUUCAUCACAGGGUUCUUCAAGAGAAGGUACACCAUCGGAUCGCAGAGGGGUACGAUCUGAUCAAAUGGAUACGCCUAAGCCUACGAAGACCAGGUCUCGCCCCCAGCCUCAAUACGCUGUCGGUACCCCCCCUGUUAUUGAGGGAGGUGAGAUUAUUGCGACUGAGGAUCUUGAGGUUGAUAAUGGCUUGGAGACUCGGAAGGAAAAUGCAGCACCUGGAUCUACAAGGAUGUCAAUCAUGGCUGGCGAUAGCUUUGAUCUUCCUCAUCUUCCUGGCCAAGAGACAACCUAUGUCGGAAAUGGCGGAUGGAGUACCUUUGUCCCGUGGGGUUUAACAACACCGGAGCAUGUAAAUGCUGUACUUGAACACCUACUUGGAGAGUUUACAGUGCCUCGGCAGCCUACACUGACUCGUGAAGAGAGGAUGGCCCGACGAGAAGAGCAGAAGAAGGGGCGGGAUAAGGGUAAGAAUAGGAACUAG